UCAAUUCUGUGUUAAAUUAAUUGUUUGAAAUAAUUAACAAGUAAAUAAUACAGCCAUAGGCUAUAAAGCGCCUCAAAAUAUUGAAAUACAGUUCCCAAUUAAAUGUAAAUAAGAAAAAUACCCAAAAAAAUAGUUGAAACUUAUAAACAGUGUAAAAUAGAUUCCAAUACAUUAUGUCGUUGGAAAUUAUACAGUCAUUUCCUCCGCCGCCCUUGAAAAGAGCACGUGAAACAAUAACUUUGUCAAGCGAUGGAGCCUCUAAGUGCGCCGAAAUAUUUGUUACAAACAAUGCCGACAAAUGGACAUUUUUCUGUGCCUAUUGCCAAAAGGCAACCUGUGAUAUAGGCGCUUUCAUUUGUCACAUCAGAUUGGAACAUUUGAAUAGUCAGAGCGAUCAGAUACCUGAACUGCAAAGCAAUGUUCCCAUAAAUACAAAUGCCGAGGUAUCUACACAAGCCACACAAGCAGAAGAAAAACUUAGGAUAGACGGUACACAACAGUCACCGCAAAAUGAUAUAAUUAAAGAAGAAAUAACUAUUAUGGACAGUGAAGAACAGAUGAUACAAACGAUUUGUUCUAAAGUUUCGCAAAUAACUGACAUUACUUCAUUAGAGCCGAUUGAAAGUGUUGAAACGGAAGACCCCCUUGCUAAUAAGAAUCCUUUGACAACAUCAAAUCCUGCAGACAAUAGCCAUCAGGAAUAUUUUCUCAUAACACAGAUAGAUGAGGCAGCAAACAAUAGAACCGACUUAAUUUCCUAUAAUUCUCCAAUAAAUCCAAACACUGAAAGUAUAGAAGACAGCACAAUCAAUUUAGGAUUCAACCCGAAAUUACCCUUUAGUUGCAAAGAGUGUCAUAAAGCUUUUCCCACAACAAGAACUUUAAAUGAGCACAAAAAAUCGCAUGACAAUAAGAGGCAUUUGCCGUGUCCCCUGUGUCCGACAAAACACAAAGAACGCAUGCUUAUUACACAUAUUUUGACGCACGAAAGCGCAAACUGCUUUCCUUGUCAGGUGUGUGGCAUAGUAUAUAACAGUCAAGACGAACGUCUGACACAUUGGAAGACACACGCCAAUGAGCAACCGUUUGAUUGUAAAAUUUGCUAUCGUCGUUUUUCUAGACUAGAAUAUCUAACGAAUCACUUAAAAACUCACAAACAAUAUCAGUGUACUUACUGUGCAUGUGAAGUCUAUUCCAAUACUGUUCUAACAGAUCCUUAUGUUUGUAGCGAAUGUGAAAAGUUGGCUGUCAUAAAGCAAAAAGAGGAGCCAGAAAGUUCAUUCGAUCAAACGUCGCUUGAAUAUGAUGAGAAAAAGGAAUCUAUAACAUUAUGCAACGAGGCAGAGCAGAAUUUUAAUGAAUUGCCUUCAACCUCUAAUAGAAAUGAUGAAACAAUUGAUGAUCUUAACAAUGAUUCAAAAUCUCCAAAAAUGGAAUUUCUUAACGAUGAUGAAUUGUCAAAUGAAUUUGACUCAUCAAGUGUAGAAUUUAUUGCUGAAACAUACCAAAAUGAUUGUGAUGAUGAUGAUGAUGUACCCAGUGGUAGUGUUUCCAAAAUAACGACCCCAUUAAGAGUUGGUUUAGAGGGCGAUUCAUUAACGUAUAUAUGUACAUAUUGUGCACAAGUUUUUAUUUCUGAAAAGGCCUUAAUUCUCCACACAAAAGUUCACAUCAAUAAUAAUGACAUUGCAAACAAAUGUUCUUUUUGCCAUAAAUGUUUCCAAAGUAAAUCGGUGUUAAAAUCUCACCUUAAAUCACACCACAAAAAGAAAUUCAUAUGUCCCCUGUGUCCGUUGACUUAUAGUAAGCAAAACAAUUUCAUUAAUCAUGUCUUGUUGCACGAAAACGAUUGGUGCUUUCCUUGUCAGAUUUGUGGAAAAAUAUUUGACAACAAUGAUGAACGUUCGAUCCAUUCCCAAAUUCAUAUCAAAGACCUACCAUAUGGUUGUGAAUUUUGUUAUCGGCGUUUUUCUCAAAAACAUUAUCAAAGUCGUCACUUCAAAACUCACAAAGAAUGUAAUGGGUAAGUGUGUCUGUCUGUCUGCCUUUAACUUUUGCAGACAAUUUCCAUUGUCACCAACAACACCUGGUCCAUAACAUCCAAUUCAGUUCAAAAGAAGUUGUUAAUCAUUGACCUAUAGCGCUCGCCGUUGACGGUGAUGGCCUGACCAAAGUCAUUCUUAAAUAAAUAUGCACCGAUGAUCGAUCCGAAUUUUCAAUUUUAGUACUGAGAGGUUGGAAAAACUACUAUUUGUAUAUUAUGCAUUUUG